AUGAAAGGUCAGCAACGGUACGAUAUAAAAGUUGAUAAACGCAAUGCAUAUGGUGACGAAUCAGUUACUCCUUCUGUUUAUUCUGGUGGCGCUGGUGCACAAAGUCUGCUUGAGGAGACACCUGUAGCUGUAAAGCAAUACGCUCCGGUUCCGGAUUGCCGUCCAACUCGACCACCAGCUCAACCAUCUGGAUACAGAGCAAGGCGCAAUUCUUAUGGAGAUGAACAAGUGGCUCCACCUGUAGGGGCUGCUGCUCCAUCUGCCUAUACUCCUGAACAAGCACCUAUAGCCGUAAAGCAAUAUGCUCAAUACGCUCCUGCUUCGGACUGCGGACCAGUUAAACCACCUGCCCAGCUCUCUGGGUAUAGAGCAAGACGCAAUUCUUAUGGAGAUGAACAAGUGACUCCACCUGUAGGGGCCGCUGCACCAGCUUCCUAUGCUCCCGCAGAACAGGCCGCCGAGGUCAUAGAGCAUCCUGGUGCAGCUUCAUAUCAAGGUCGAAUAUCACCACCAGCACGACCCUCAGGAUAUUAA